UUUCCACAUUUCAAGGAGGAGAGGGAGAAAGCUACUGUUCGCUGUUGCAGCUGUUUGGACUGAGCUACAGUAAGAGGAGAAUACAGUAGGGGUUUUUGCACGUGUAAACCGCUGGCAUGUUAAGAGUUUUAGUCUGCCGAGCGCUUUUCAGCGGCUCUAAACCUCUCCUGAGAAUGACCAUCCACAACGGCUCUGUGACGUGUGCCAGAGACAGCUCUCAGGCAGGAAAUGGGAUGAGAUGGGACCUAACCCCAGACGAUAUCAGCACCAUGACAGACCGCUUGAUGAACAGAGUAAAGACCGUAUACGAUGACAUUGGAUCCCUAAAGAUAGAAAAUGUUUCUGUUGAAAACACCCUGAAAGCCUUGGCGUAUGCCAAGCUGGAUUAUGCAACAUCACUCCAUGUUCUUGAUUUCCCCCAGUAUGUAUGUCCCUCUAAAGAAGUUCGGGCAGCGAGCACAGAGGCAGACAAGAAACUGUCUGAGUUUGACGUGGAGAUGAGCAUGAGGGAAGAUGUGUUCAAGCGAAUUACAGCCUUGCAGAAAAAUCAUCAAGACAACCUUUUACCCGAAGAAAAAAGGUUUUUAGACAGACUUGUUACAUUAGGCAAGCGGAAAGGAUUGCACCUGUCUAAAGAUAUACAAGAGGUCAUAAAAAGAACCUCCAAGCGUAUAAGUGCACUCUCCAUAGAGUUUAACAAGAAUCUGAAUGAGGACAAUACGUUUCUUGUUUUUUCUGAGCGUGAAUUGGGUGGGCUAGCUGAUAGCUAUCUCGAUGGACUGGAAACGACAGAAGAUGGGCGGUAUAAGGUGACACUUGAAUAUCCCCAUUACUACCCCCUGAUGAAGAGGUGUUACAAUCCUGAGACCAGGAGGAAGAUGGAAACUGCUUUUCACAGCAGGUGUAAAGAGGUCAACACAGUGAUCCUUGAAGAAUUGAUACAACUCAAAGCAAAAGUCGCGGACUUACUUGGUUACAGUUGCCAUGCAAACUAUGUGCUGGAGAUUAACAUGGCCAAGAAUGCAAGCAACGUUUCUGACUUUCUAGACACAUUGUAUGAAACACUAAAGCCCAUUGGAAUCAAGGAGAGGAAAUAUAUUCUUGCACUAAAGAAGCGUGAGUGCUUGAUGAAGGGCUACCAGUUUGAUGGACAGAUCAAUGCCUGGGACUUACCCUACUACAUGAAUCAAGUGGAGCAGUGCAAGUUUGCCGUGAACAAGGAUAAACUGAUUGAGUAUUUCCCGCUUGAUGUGGUGACAGAAGGACUGUUAGGAAUCUACCAGGAGCUGCUGGGUCUCACUUUCAACGAGGUGGAGCAUGCUCAUGUGUGGCAUGAAAAUGUCAAGCUUUAUUCAGCCUUGGACACUGGAACAGGAGAGGAGAUUGGCCAGUUUUACCUGGACUUGCAUCCAAGGGAAGGAAAGUAUGGCCAUGCAGCCUGCUUUGGUCUCCAGCCUGGCUGCAGGGGACCUGAUGGAAAACGUAGACUUCCAGUGGCGGCUAUGGUGGCUAACUUUACCAAGUCCAGGAAAGGGUGUCCCUCUCUUCUCCAGCACCAUGAAGUGGAGACUUUUUUUCAUGAGUUUGGUCAUGUUAUGCACGAGCUCUGUUCUAAGACCACUUUCUCAGAAUUCAGUGGAACCCUGGUGGAGACCGACUUUGUGGAGGUGCCUUCGCAGGUGCUUGAGAACUGGGUUUGGGAGAAAGAGCCUCUGAUGAGAAUGUCUCGCCACUACAAGGAUGGCACCCCAAUCCCAGACAAUCUGCUCGAAAAACUGAUUGCAUCUAGAGUCGCCAACACUGGACUGAUGAACCUGCGUCAGGUGGUCCUUGGUAAAGUGGACCAGUCACUACACAGAAGCCCUCAUGCAGAUACAGCUGAGGUGUUUGCAAAGCACUGUAAGGAAAUCCUGGGUGUUCCUGCUACGCCAGGUACCAAUAUGACAGCUAGUUUCAGCCACUUGGUUGGAGGAUACGAUGGCCAGUACUACAGCUAUCUGUGGAGUGAAGUCUACUCUAUGGAUAUUUUUUUCAGUCGUUUUAAAAAGGAAGGCAUUAUGAAUCCAAAGGUUGGACAAGAGUACAGAAGGGUGAUUCUUGAAACUGGUGGAUCUGUGGAUGGCAUGGACAUGCUGAAAACCUUCCUUGGCCGUGGCCCAUGCCAGGAUGCCUUCUUUCAGUGCAAAGGACUGAUUAAGUCACAGGAAACACAGACGUUGUAAUUUGAUAGUCUUUUUGUCAAAGCAAGGUAUAUUUUAAUUGUCUGGAUGCAGCAGGGCUAUGUCAGUAGAAACAUGGCUUUGCUUGAAGUGUAUUAAUACGGCAUUUUUAAUCUUUUCUACUUGAUGAUUUGUACCUGUUGGUAUUUAUUCAAAUGUACAGUAGAUCAUUGAGAGUCUAAUGAUGCUAUGUACAAUUGGCCUGUUUUCACAUGUGAUACUAAUAAUAUUAACGAUGGCUUUGUUUUGUUCAAGCGUCCCAUUUAGCCAUGGCAAAAGACAGCAUGCGCAAUUAUUGACCCUUAAAACAAAGCAGCUAAAAUCAAAUUCUGCCAACAUUAAAUUAAUCAUUUAUGCCUUUGCUUUUACUACUGUGACAUGUGAAAUGUCUGUGUGUGUGUGCAGAGCUGUAAGUUAUCAUUGUAAAAAUGCUUACUUUUUAAAGUGAUAUAACUUUUG